UGACUUGCUUCUGCACAAAGGUCUCAAUUGCUGGCUGAGUGAUCGGGAGGACGCCAUCCGUUUGCUGCUCUAACAUGUUGCUGCUGGCACAGGGCCAGACCCAGUAACUGACCAAGACCCAGGUAACUGACCACUAGGCCACCAGAACAUGAACUUGACUUUAGAUUCCACCACAGGUUCCAUUAUGGGGCGACUGGAUAAGAAAGUCAUCAUCCUGACAGCAGCUGCUCAGGGGAUCGGCCGGGCAGCCGCCAUCGCUUUUGCAAGAGAAGGUGCCAAAGUCAUCGCCACAGAUGUCAAUGAGUCCAAGCUGCAGGAACUGGAAAAGUACCCAGGUAUCCAAACACGGGUCCUUGAUGUCACAAAGAAGAAACAAAUCGAUCAGUUUGCCAAUGAAGUCGAGAGAGUUGAUGUUCUCUUUAAUGUUGCUGGUUUUGUGCACCACGGAACCAUCUUGGACUGUGAAGAGAAAGACUGGGACUUCUCCAUGAACCUCAACGUCCGCAGCAUGUACCUGAUGAUCAAGGCAUUUCUUCCCAAAAUGCUUGCUCAGAAAUCUGGCAACAUUAUCAACAUGUCCUCUGUGGCUUCCAGCAUCAAAGGAGUUGUGAACAGAUGUGUGUACAGCACCACCAAGGCCGCUGUGAUCGGCCUCACGAAGGCCGUGGCUGCGGACUUCAUCCAGCAGGGUGUCCGGUGCAACUGUGUGUGUCCAGGAACUGUCGAUACCCCAUCUCUGCAAGAAAGAAUACAAGCCCGACCAAAUCCUGAAGAGGCACUGAGCGACUUUCUGAAGAGACAGAAGACUGGAAGGUUUGCAACUGCAGAAGAAAUAGCCCUGCUGUGUGUGUACUUGGCUUCUGAUGAAUCUGCCUACGUAACAGGUAACCCCGUCAUCAUCGAUGGAGGCUGGAGCCUGUGACUUCAGGCUCUCCUUGCGGGGAGGAGGCCCUUCCUGUCCACUGUGAACCUGGUUCUGAAGAAGACUCACCCAUCACAUCACGUCUUUCUGGUUAAUGGCACAGGAAUGAAAACAAGGCCUUCGUAAUGAUGUCAUUGUUUGUAUGGCUGGUUCUUUAAAUAUGUUAAUCGCUCUAAUCUCUUCUACAUUCCAUUGUAGAUGACAUCAAAGAUAAGGAACUCACUACAAAUGAAUAGUUUUAACAAUAAACCCCAAUUUCUAAGCAUAUAAAGUAAAAUGUGAAUAUGAAGAAAAAA